CCAUCAAUGCGCCGGCCGCUGUUGCUGUCGCCUCUGCUGGUGUUGCCGAGCCUACUGGGCUUGACUGACGCCAUCAGCCCGACAUUCCCCAAUGGGACCGAGCAAAACAGCAAUGGCACUGACACGGACGCGGACGCUCAAGCAGCCAAGAGCAGAUCUGAGUCUCUCGAUAGCUACUGCUCUGCUCAAUUGAGCAGUUUCAUUGCGACAUAUCAGAGUACCGAGAUUGCUACUAGCAGGUGGACUUGGUACGAAGGAUUUGGACCGACUGAUUCUCUGGGCGAUUUGACUGGCUCUGUCACUUCUCAAACCUAUUGGACCAGUACUUUCUUAUAUACGCAAUAUGCCAUUCGCGCAUACACACCGAAACCACCGUGUUGUAGUUCAUGCUACAUGACAGCAGGGACGAUCGACUUCUACUUCUGGCCAGACCAAGCAACCCCGACUGCACCAGUUCCAGGCCAACCAAGUACGAGUGUCAACGCAGAAGGCUUCACCUUUACAUCACCCAGUGUAUACAUGGCCUUUAGCUCCCUGGUCGCGAGCAACAGAUGCGGCCAAGUAGGAGAUGCUUGGACCAAUACGACGAUAGCUUUCGACGCUUCCGAGAUCACGACUGCACGGCCUGUCACCACUUUGACGCAAUACGAGUCAGACUAUGUAUCCGACGGCUUCACAUAUAGAGAGAUGGGCUCAGCUGUGACAACACAGCCUCCACCAAAAUCCUUGGAUUACAACGAUAUAGGGCAGAAUUGCUCUACAAUCUCUGGUUACGUUUACUGGCCUGACAACCCGAUCAAUGCGGCGAACGCGAUGUACCACGAUGACCCCUGUCACCCUGUCAUAUUGCUACCUCCAAGGUUAAUCAGUAUGCAACAGCCCUGGGUUGAUGCACAAUGUGGACCGGCGCCAGGAAUGAGUGGAGCUUAUGACCCUCCAAGAGUGUUGACACCAAUGCUUACCGGUACCGAACUUGCUAUCCCGACACCGCAAUGGGGCGGUCGCUUUAAUGGAGAUGGGGAUGCUAGCCCAGCGUCCAGCGUUGAGACCGGUGCACCUAGCACAACGACUACAAGACCGGUCACCACUGGUGUGACUGCGGUCUACGAAUCAGCUAAGCCUUCGGCGUCAGCAGAAGGUGCUUCGACCGUCACGAUGACCCCAGAUGCGGUAACGACAGCGGUUGUGAUCUCUGGUCAGCAUGUCGGCCCUGAUUCAGUCACUGGUAUGGCUGGGGCCAUCCUUAGUGGCCUCGGAGGCAUCGGGUCUGGGUCCAAAUCUGCAUCUGGAUCCGAACCUGAAUCUGAAUCUAAUGCUAAAGGAAGCGCAUCCAAGUGGAACCCCACACAGGCUGUUGCCGCAUCUGAUUUCACUGCUUCUGCUGCUAUUGCGCCAUCUGGUAGCUCAAGUGGCAAGAAAGUCUUAAGCAGCAACGGCGAUAGCAAUAGCUCGUCUUCUGGUUCCGGCACAGUCAGUGGCGCUGCGAAUGUUGCUUCGGCGGCUGCUACGCAGAGUGGUGCCGCGUCAGCUGUUGCGUUCACUAACUCAGCCAUCUGGUCGUUCCUUGCACCAAUCUUCCUCUUGUGGAUUUAG